AUGUUUGAAGCGCGGCCGCUGAAGCUGCUCUUCCGCCGGAAGCCGGAGCCUCUCGUGGUAAUUGACGAGAGCAACAUGAAGAUCGUGGGGAACAUUCGUGUGGAGCAAGUCUCCAAGGUUUCGGCUUAUGGCGACUCUGCGCAAUAUCUGGAGUGCUUCAACCUUGCGGUUCUGGUCGUGCACAACCUGGCCGUGCAGGCAAGCAAUUUGGAGCUGCUCCACAGCGAGCCGCGCAUUCUCAUGACCCUCUUGGAGGUCAUGCCGGCAGAUGCUACAUCACCAUCACUUCGUCGGCUGAUCUUCUCGACGUUGACUUGCCUCUGCCAGGAGAGAGCAGUGUCAGGUCGGAUUUUUCAUGCCAUGGCCGAAUACUUCCAGAACUGCCAGAAAACGGAUGCAUCGCUCCACAAGUACAUCAUGUGCUGUGCGAACCUGUACUACACGAGCAUGAGUCGAGAAGAGGUCAAACCAGAUCGUGGAAUGCUCAUGUUCGUCAGCCGUAUCUCCGCCGAGGAGGACGCCAUGGUCUCGAAGCGGGCGCUUAUUGAAAUCCUGCAUGGCAUGUCCCAAGCUCCCAGUGAGCACAGGAGGAAGUUCCUGAGUCGCGAGAUCCUUGUGCUGGCGACCAGCUACAUGGAGGCCUACAACCCCGACAUCCAGAUCCGGGCCUUCGAGUCCAUGUACUUCUGCACGAUGGGUGCCUGUGCACCCGAGCUCUGGUCCGACCUAGAGAUCCUUCCCCGCAUGGUGCGAGCAGCGGGCUACGCGCAGAGUAUGGCAGAAGAGAGUCCUUCGGAGCCUCUCCUGCGCCGGCAUGCAGACGCGCUGUGGGAGAUCUCCUUGCGGACCCUUCACCACUGUCUCAGUUAUGAGCUGCUGGUCCAACAGAUGCGGAUCCCGGAUCUCGACCGCUACUUGAUGGAGCUGCUGGUGGAUGGGCGGAAGCCGCCGGAGCUAUCCAAGGUGGCUGCCGACCUCAUCGCGGGACUUUUGCAGUCUUCGAUCUCCUCGAACCUCUGGACGCGAUGGAGGGGCCUCGGCGUGGGCGAGCGCCUGGUGGGAUGGUUCAAGGUGCACCGGAAGAAGCUUCUGGACCCGGAUCUUGGUGCUCAGGGCGGUACACAGCCCUCAGACUCGCUGGACGCCAUGCUGCACAUGGUGCUCUUCGCCGUCGAGGUGGAUUCCUCCAUGAUCGUCGCGCUCGUUGCAGACGACGUCCUCAGCUGUAUCGCGCACCGUCUUGAGGAGCUUGCCGCACAUUACAGCCACUGGAAUGACCUCGCUGGAGGUCACAAGCUCUCGGAGGACCUGGAAGCGGAACGUGCCUGGCAGAUGCGGCAAGGCGAGGAUGCACAUGAGAUGCCACCAGGAGUGCAUCGCCCCACAGCCGAUGAAGUCGCCAAAGCAGAUGCUUCCUUCAGGAUCAUUGCUCAGCUGCUGACAGCCCUUGUGGCCAACGAGCAUGGCCUAUCAGCCAUGAGUGCCCUGAACCUCGAGACGCCCCUGGUUUCACUGCUGGAGCUACCGACGGCGACACUUCGGGUCCCCGUGAUGCUGGUGCUUUGUGCGAUGAGUUCCAACAAGGCAAGUUGUCAAGUGCUGAUGACCAGUGACAAGUUCGUGGGUGUGCUCCGGCGUAUGGAGAAGAAGCUGGCCACUCUGGGAGAAGCACCACCAGUGAAGGAUGAAGUGGAAUACCUGGUCUGCAUUCUGGACAGAAGCUGUUGCCACGCCGACUUGGCCAAAGUCGCGCAGGAGCACCUCUUCCGGCUUCUGUGCGUCUUGCCUGCCAGGGCAGAGACCCUCGCUGCACGAGUGAUGUCCUUGAGGGCGCUGAGUCGAGUCGCUUUCGUUGCCCCGGAGUGCAUGAACGAUUUCGCAUUGGAGGGCGUGGCAUGCCUUCAGUAUAUUAUGGCGGUCACUUCAGCACUCAGCCUUGGUGCCGGUGAGAACACGGAGAAGGCGGGCGUGCGCCGGAGACUGCUUCAAGAAGCCAAGGAGUCACUCGCAGCAGAGCCUUCGCUGUCGCCACUGGUGGAACACUUCAGCCGCACAAUCCUCUGUGAGGCUGUGUCGGUGUCCCGCAACUGCUGCCAUGCAGCCUACGAUCAACUUGAUCUAUUGGGAAUGCUUCAGGAUCUUCAGGACUCCUUCGAGGACACUGUGGCAAACUUCGAGCGCUUGUCUGAUGGAAAGCUGGAGGUUGCCGCAGCGGAGCUGAUGAACAAGCUCGUUGCCCUCCUGCACGUGCCAAGCCUUGCAGAUGGAAUGCCGAUGCUCGAGCUACUUGUGCUGCUGUGCAGCAUCUUCAGACACGGCAAGGCAGCGCACAAGUAUGGGAAGGACCCGGAAGAGAGUGCCGAGAAAGCAAACGGAGGCUUCACGGAGGCUGAUGCGAAGUCGGCUGUUGACGGCCUCAUGCAGGUGACAGCUAGCUAUUACGACAGAGUAUUCAAAUCUCAGUAUGGCUUAGACGACAAGGGACACGCCAGCUUCAUGGCAGACUUGCUGGCCAAUGAUAUCCGCGUCCUCUUCUACCUUACGGCUCUGCUGCGGGAGCUGGCCUGCAAGCCGCUGCAGUCGCCUUUCUUGCGUUUGACACGCUCCACGGCCUUCUUCGACAUCCUGGAGUCCUCGGUGCAGCUGGCCUUGAAGCGCUUUCAGCGGGAGACCAAGGGCCCCAUGCCGAAAGACCUCUGCGCCAACAAGCGCCUCGGCUGGCUCAAGGGAGGUCCAACAGACAGCCCGCUUUCGCAGCACAUGGAGGAUUUCGACCUGGGCUUGAUCUUUGAGCACCUAAUCGUUUGCUUGAGGCACUCGCUCGUGCAGGCCCUGUACGUCGCGCCGGAAGUGAGCACGAAGCUGCUGCCGUGGGCAUGGAUCUCCCAGGAGCGGCUGCCCAUGCACAAGCACGUGAUGAACUGGCUACCACAGAUCGUGAAACGCUACAAGUCCAUCCCUGCAAUUCGCACUGAGACGCUUCGGUACUUUGCCUGCGCCGCUUCCUACGAGGUAGCACCCUAUGCACGUCCGGAGGAUGCUGAAUUGGAGUUCGAAGAGGAGGAGGGCGAGGUCAAGAAGGUAUCAGAACCAAACCAAGUCGUCCAGACGACAACUUCGAAGGUGAAAACGGAUGUGGAAGCUGAUAUGGCCGCGGACAUGACUGUGCCAGAAGCUGUCGACGACGACGACGACGAGGAAGUCUUGGAUGUGUCCCCGAGCGAAGCUCUUGGGCCUCCAGAGGUCGCAGAGGCGAGACAUCAGGUCAGCGUGGAGUCCAGCGAGCCGGAAGGGCGCUUGGCCUUCGGAGGCCUGGUAUCCCUGCGGCAAUCUGAGCUGCGCCUCUUCCUUGCAGAGGAGCUGGAGCGGUCAGAGGACAUGAACGCCCUUUGCUUGGCCAUGCUCUGUGUGGCAAACUUUGCGGCCUACGAGCGGAAAGUCCUGGCGGAUGAGAAGGGGGGCCAGAAGCUCGGGAAGUAUCUGCCGCUGGAGGACAUGGCUCGUCUUCUUCGGGGCGUGGUGAGAACGCUGAAGUCGAUCCCCAGUUUCAAGCUCUGGAGAAAGUUGAUUUUGAUUUCAGGCUUUGAUGACGACAAUGUGGCCAACACCAUGACCCUUCAUGCCCUUCGCUUCUUCUGCAAUCUCCUGGCCUUUGAAGUCGAUUUCAUCACUGCCGAGCUGCAGCAUCUGAAUGUGCUAGAAGAAGUGGGCAAGCUCUUCGACCAUUGGUUCAAGGAUGAGGACAAGAUUGAAGAUGACAAGCUGUUCCUUCAGACGCUCCAGAGCUUUAUCCUGCUCCUGAGGAACUGGGCCUGCGGCAGCUGCCGAGCAGAGAUGAAUGUCCGCGAGAAGAAGGAGAACGGAACGAAAGAAGAGAAGGACUCCGCGACGAGCCUCCUCAAGGUCUUCAAGCAAGGCAUCAAUGUGCCCUUCCUCAUUUCUCUGACCAUGAGGUUCUCGAAGAUCUUGAUCAACGGCCGCCGCCCCAUCGAAGGAAAAGCGCAGCACCGAGCAAACGUCAUCGUCGAUGUCCUGGUGAUCCUCCAGACGUUGCUGAAGCGCACAGACCUGCUUCACAACAUGGACUGGACCAAGGUCGACAUCAUCGAUUACGAGAACUUCCUACAGCUCGUGAAGACGUACCGCCUGCGAGACUCGGAGAUCCUGGAGGAUGAGCAGAUCCUGAACACGCUCUACCUCAUGGUGAAGCAAGCCUUCCCUUUUAAGGGCCUCAUCUUCCUGGAGUACCUGAUGGAGGUCGCCUACGGCGACCACCGGGAGGAGCACACAACACUGCAGGACAUGGCGGCUGUCUGCUGCGCCAUCAUCUCUACGCAGAACGCCACCGACGCCAGCACUCCCACCGUGAACGUGGCCAGCGUGGUGAAGGACAACGCGGCGUUCGUCCAUGCCCUGGCCCGUGUGCCGGAUCCCAAGAUGCAGAUCUGGCACUACCGCCUCUUGACGGGGUGGAGCCGGCGACCAAAGGUCCUGGAUGACCUGGUUGGAGAUGCCGAAGCACUGAAGUUCAUUGUGGACCACCUGCUGGAGACGCACCUCUGUCGAUACAGCGUGGUCAUCGUUCACAAUAUCAGCAUGCUGCGGAGCGGGGCGCUGAUCUCCAAAGAAGGGCACCUCUCCACCAUCUGUGAGGCCUACCGUCAGCUCAAACCUGGCGCCACACUGCACCGUGCGGACGAGGAUCAGCGUCGGCUCUUGCGCCGCCUCCUGCUUGCCAGUGUACGGAACUGUUUGUGGAACUCCUCCGAGAUCCACAAGGAGCUUGCGGAGAGCGAUAUGGGCAACAUCAUCCACCUGGUGUCGUGCGUGGAGGAGCCGGACUUGCCGUUCUUCAUGGCCAUGAUCAUGUACAUCUCGGAAGGCUGUAACAUCAACCGUGUCCGGCAAGUCAUGUACGGCAACGCCCAGAUGCUGGAGCUCUUUGUCCGGUGCAUGUACCAGCAGGUCACUGCGUGCGUAGUGAACAUGGACGCCCCGAAGUUCGAGUCCAGCCUGUAUGGCCUCAUUACGGAAGAGGAAGCACGGCGGGCAGAGCAAUACGAGGCCCUGGUGGAGCACCAGGAUGCCAUCUCCUCAGCACCCAAGAAGCAGACGGAGGCCUACAAGAAGCUCCUUGCGAUCCCGGGCUCGCCGGCCGCCCGCGGCUUGGGGAAGACCGCAAGCCUCUACCAGAGGAGCCGGCGCAAGGGACUCCAUCCUGUCUCAGCAGCAAAAGGCGAAAUCGGGUCCUCGCUUGGCGGCGGCGGUGGUGGCCGAAAGUUCUCGGAGGUGGAGGAGAGGCGCGGGCAGCAGGAAUUCCUCUACUUCUCUGCUGUGGAGCUGCUUACCUUCGGCACCUUUGCUGGGGAUGAGCAUGACCAGAGGGACCCUCCCCCGGAGGAGGCCGAGCCACACAGGGCGGAGGUUGUCGAGGCGUUGCAUGCAGCCUUCAGCAAGUUCCCAAUGGCGAAGUUCCUCAAGAACUUGGCAGAGCAGGUGCAAAAUCACAAGAACCUCAAGGUCGUGCUGUCAGACAUGUUCGUGCACGUAACGACCAAGUUCCUGUGGCACUGCUGGACUCAGCCUAUCUUCAAGAAGUACCUAGACACUCCGGCAAACUUGCAGAUCAUCGCACAGCUCAUCCCCUUCUUCAUCAGUUGGCCGAACCCGGACGUUCAGAACAUGAUCGCUGAGGUCUGCCUGUAUGGAGGGCUCCACAGAUUUACUUCUGUCUGCGACAUCCUCAUUGCCGAGUAUCGGGAGUACCCGGAACUCUCGUGCGCCUUGCUUACGCGCUGCUUGAUCAGCCCCAUCGAGGAGACAGGGCUAAAGCCCAAGCAGGCCAUUGGCUUCCUGCGCAUCUUCGUCUGCUUACUUCAGGAGCGUGCGUUGAGCCACACCGGGCUGAAGCGAUUGGCUGUGGGCUUGGAGACAGCUCUGGUCAUGGACAACCCGAAGGGACUCUGCAGCAUCCUCGCCCAACGAGAGCACGAGCUCCUUGCGGAGCUCUUGGAGGCACUAUCGCAGUUCAGCGAGUCAGCUGCGGUGAAGCAGUGCAUGGUUGUGGCACUGACGAGAACUGUGGGCAAGCACUACAAGGCAUUGCCCGAGCUGGACGACUUCAUCUUGCGCAUCUUGGACAUGUCGGUCCCUCUGCUGGAUGCC